AUGAGACAUCUACCGAAUAGGGAUACUUACAACUUCGUAUUGCCUUGGUGUGGGGGCGAUGGAGGGGGAUCUCUUUCUUUCUUUCUUCCUUUCCUGCGAACCGUAGAUUGUUUAGGGCGAAGCCGGUACGGGGAUCAGGACAGUAGUGGACUGUCCGAAACAGGAAGCCCUCAAGGAGAUGAAGGAGUACAGACUAUCUCCGCCGCAUUCGGUACAGAUUGCGAUCUUGCAUGCGUGUGUGGGACACCGUAUCCAUGCGAUCAUUUUCUGCUGAGGCCCGCUGACCAGCAAACCUUACUACUGAUCGCCGACAUGGAAAUGCAGCGGGAAAGGUUUCCAAUGCAUGGAGUGGUCCCUGGAUGUUCAGUUGGGGUGCGCCACCAGCCCACGGUUUGGGGGUAG